AUGGUGAAUCUGGAACUCAUGCACACAGAUAUCAAGAUGAGUGGGGAUGUAGCAGAUUCCACGGAUGCUCGCAAUGCUAUCAGCCAGGUGGAGACAGGAAAUGAUCGAAAUGGCCUAGAUUUCAACAGGCAGAUUAAAACCGAGGAUCUCAGUGACUCCCUGCAGCAGACCCUCGCACCUAGGCCAUGCCAUCUGAGUCAAGGAUCUGCCAUGAUGUCCGGAAACCAAAUGUCUGGGGUAAAUGCCAGCCCAUGUCAGGAAGCCCUGACAUUCUCAGAUAUGACUUCCCUCCAUCCACUCCAGCAGCUCGUACUGGUUCCCGGCCACCUACAAUCUGUAUCCCAGUUCCUGCUAUCUCAGACUCAGCCUGGGCAGCAAGGUCUGCAGCCAAAUCUCCUCCCCUUUCCACAGCAACAAAGCUCUCUCCUCCUCCCACAGACUGGACCUGGCCUGACAUCCCAGGCAAUUGGGCGCCCCGGGCUGCCAGGAUCCUCUUUAGAACCCCACCUGGAAGUGUCCCAGCAUCUCUCAGUGCCCAAGCACCUACCCAGCUCUGGAGGGGCUGAUGAGCCCAGUGACCUGGAGGAGCUCGAGAAGUUUGCCAAGACCUUCAAGCAGAGGCGCAUUAAGCUGGGCUUCACACAGGGAGACGUGGGGCUGGCGAUGGGAAAGCUGUAUGGCAACGACUUCAGCCAGACUACCAUCUCACGAUUUGAGGCCCUCAAUCUGAGCUUCAAGAACAUGUGUAAGCUCAAACCUCUACUGGAAAAGUGGCUGAGUGAUGCAGAAUCUUCUCCAUCAGACCCCUCGGUGAGUACCCCCAGCUCUUACCCGACCCUCAGUGAAGUAUUUGGUAGGAAGAGGAAGAAACGCACCAGCAUUGAGACCAACAUCCGCCUGACUCUGGAAAAGAGAUUUCAAGAUAACCCCAAACCCAGCUCAGAGGAGAUCUCCAUGAUUGCAGAGCAGUUGUCCAUGGAGAAGGAGGUGGUGAGGGUCUGGUUCUGCAACCGCCGCCAAAAGGAGAAGCGAAUCAACUGUCCUGUGGCCACGCCUAUCAAAUCACCCAUCUACACUUCUCGUCUGGUCUCUCCUUCUGGGUCUCUGGGCCCCCUCUCCAUCCCUCCUGUCCAUAGCACCAUGCCUGGAACAGUAACAUCAUCCUGUUCCCCUGGGAAUAACAGCAAGCCUUCAUCUCCUAGCUCAGGACUCCACACCAGCAGCCCAACCACAUCUCAAAAUAACUCCAAAGCAGCAGUGAACUCCUCCUCCAGUUUUAACUCUUCAGGGUCUUGGUACCGAUGGAAUCAUCCCACCUACCUCCACUAAGACUAAAAAGUUUCUCCUAUUCCACCUGGCCCUGUAUUUACCACUGGAAGGAAGGGAGUCACUCCUUCUCUGUAUGGACAGAUGACUUUCAGAAGAGUAGAAGACAAUCCCCACUAUCCAUGAAACUAAACUCUUGCCUUCUUCAUGAGCAAGAGCCUCCAGAGAUCCAAACUGUGAUUGAACCAUGUGUUGACUCCUAGUGUUCUUGAAAUAUAUAUCAAUCCUAGGGGUUGACCAUUUUCACCUUCCUUGCCUGUGCCUUUAUCCUCUAGUUCUAAAUAUUUCAGAUGGCAUCACUGUGGCAGUGGUGUUUCAGAGAAAAGACUUCUUGUCGUUAUUCUUUAACUCAUUCUGGGGACAGCCAUUUGCCUGGUGUCCCAAACCACCAGAGAGCUAAUGGUUUUGACUCUGAACCUAGCCAUAAUCUCCAAACUGAUUCUAAAAUCUAUGAAAAGAUUUAAUCCGAUUUCUGCACCAAAGCCUUGAUGUUUUCUUUAUUCAACCAAGUUGUCUGACUGACUCUUCUUUCACCCCAUUUUCUCUUUAGUCCUGCCCCCUUGUCUAAAACCAGAUCUAUACAUGAUUUUGUUCUCCAAGUUCCCUCCUCUUUACAGAAGGCUAAUUUCUUCAGUCCUGGGGACACAUUUCUCUGCUCACAGGUGCUUUUCUGCCUGUUAAAUCUGUCCCAGAGUU